CAGAAACGGAGACACGAUGGAGCAAUUUAUGAAAACCGGAUCAUCUUCAUUAAACUUACAACUGUACAGAGAUACGAAGAACACUUUCAAAAUAGUUCUGCUUUUACUACUCUUGAAUGAUGCAUUGGGUGCCGAGAAACAUAAAAUCAAAGCAGUUUUAAUAAAAGAGGGUGAAGACAUUGCUCUGCGUACUGGUGAGAAUGAAGUACAGAGAGAAGAUGACAUAUUCUGGAUGUUUGGAGAUAAAGGCAAACUCAUAGCUGAAAUCAAUAUAAAUCUCAAAAUAUUUGAAACGUAUGAUGAGAUAUUUGGUGACAGACUGGAGCUGGAUCGUCAGACUGGAUCUCUCAUUAUCAGACACAGUAGAACCACAGACUCUGGAGUUUAUACAAUGCAGAUUGUCAACAAAGGAGCAACCAUAUACAGGAGAUUUUAUGUCAGCAUCAGCGAUGCACUUGGUGCCAAGCCACACAAAAUCAAAACCGUUUCAGUGAAAGCGGGAGAAAGUGUUGAUCUGCUUUCUGGUAAAACCAAUAUACAGAAAGAUGAUGAGAUACUGUGGAUGUUUGGAAAGGAACGCAUGCUCUUAGCUGAAAUUAAAACAAAGCUCAAAAUCUUCCAAACAUAUGAUGGUGAUGAUGGGAAAUUUAAGGACAGACUGAAGCUGGAUCAACAGACUGGAUCUCUCAUUAUCAAAAACAGCAGAACCACAGACUCUGGAGUUUAUAGAAUGCAGAUUAUCAACAAAGGAGCAGCCAUAUACAAUACAUUCUAUGUCACUGUCAGAGGCGAGUAA